AUGGAGUGGUCACUAGAAAGGGUGAGGGAAAUUCUGGCUGGAGGGAUGCAGAUGUUAAGGGAUUGUGAAUCCAGUGCUAUUGGUACAGCCAUGUGUCUGCUGCUGCUCUUCAUGUGGUACUGUUAUAGGGUGGGCCGGGAGCAUGGCACCAGCCCACUGCGGCGGAGAUACGGCACGGAGUCGGGUCGUGUCAGAGUGGGUGGAGGUGUCUUGAUCAGUUCAGACAGUGGCACCAGGGCAAAAGGGAGGAAGUCAUCCACACUGGAAGAGCAGAAUGGAUUUGCUUACUGCCAGUCCACAGAGUGCUUCCGCUGUACCAGUACCGGGGAGGGUCUCAAUCAGAAGCUGUACCAUAGCCUGCAGGAUUAUGCUAAGCGCUACACCUGGUCAGGCAUGGGGAGAGUACAUAAAGGGGUUCGAGACCAAGGCAGAUACCUCACCAAUCGGCCCACCAUUCAGAGACCAGAAGUCUUCUUCCUCCCUGACUUACCCUCAGCGCCUUUCUUCUCACGGGAUGCACAGAAACAUGAUGUGGAACUGCUGGAACGGAGCUUCCCUGUCCUUCUGGCUGAGUUUGAGAACAUCUACCACCACCCUCCAGCGCGGAGCAGCUCGUCCCUCCCUCCUGGAUGGAAAGCCAAUAGCACUCCUCAUGGGCAGUGGUGGACGUUCUACCUGGUCAACCAAGGCACGCCUUUGGUGCUUAAUAUCAGGAGGUGCCCACGAACCUGGAGGGUGCUGGGUCAGCUGCGCACCUUCAUCGCCAACAAUGUGUUUGGUAAUGCCUGCUUCUCUGUGCUGACACCCGGGGCUCUGAUCACUGAGCAUUAUGGGCCAACAAAUGUCAGGCUGCGUUGCCACCUGGGUCUCAGAGUGCCCCCUGCCUGUGAGCUUGUGGUUGGGGGAGAACCUCAGUGCUGGUCUGAGGGCAGCUGUCUUCUCUUUGAUGACUCCUUCCUCCACAGGGCUUUCCAUGAGGGCAUUGCAGAGGACGGCCCUCGGGUGGUCUUCAUGGUGGACCUUUGGCACCCUAACGUGGCCGCUGCUGAGAGGCAGGCGUUGGACUACAUUUUUAACCCAGGCCGCUGAGAAGAGGAGGGAGAGAGAUGGGAAACUAUGUCUGAGCAAGAGACAAAUGUCAAGUGGCAAAAACGCAGUUUCUGUAAGAUUGGAGAGCAAUUCUUAAUCAAGCUCUGGGCCAGUACUUAAAUUCACUGUGUAUAUAUUCUCCAUCUCAUAUCCUCUUUCUCGUUGUAAUUCUUCUUUGCAGCUGUUGAAUGACCAAACAAUGGGUCUCUU